AUGAAAUAUGGUCUGCGACCAUUACAGCGUCAAUAUUCGUUCACAUGCCAUCUACUGAGAAGGCGCAGUUCAGUAUAUUAUUGCCCAUUAACAUGGGACAACUGUCGACGUAUGAACUCUAAUAAGAGUACAACAGAGAAAAUAAAAGGUGCAGAUCCGAAGAAAUUGAUUGAUCUAACAAAAUUUCCAACCGAGAACAUACGAAAUUUUAGUAUUAUUGCGCAUAUUGACCAUGGCAAGAGUACUUUGGCUGAUAGACUGUUAGAAUUCACCAAUACAAUAUCUGCAACAGGUUCGAAUAAACAAGUAUUGGAUAAACUGAAAGUAGAAAGAGAACGAGGAAUAACAGUAAAAGCACAGACAGUUUCUAUGUUUUACAAACAUAAAGGAAAAGAUUAUUUGUUAAAUCUGAUUGAUACACCAGGCCAUGUCGAUUUCAGCUACGAAGUUUCCAGAUCACUAGCUGCUUGUCAGGGAACCAUAUUACUCGUCGAUGCAGCCCAAGGAAUUCAAGCCCAAACAGUAGCCAAUUUCUAUUUGGCCUUUGGUGAAGAUUUGCAUAUUAUUCCCAUGUUAAACAAAAUUGAUUUACCUGGUGCUGAACCUGAAAGAGUAGCGAAACAGAUAGAAAGUGCAUUUGAGCUGAAUACGAAAGAUAUACUUCAGAUAUCUGCGAAAUCAGGAAUCAAUAUUGAAAAUGUCUUGCCAGCCGUUAUUGAGCAAGUGCCACCACCGGCAGCAGAUAUCACUAAACCUUUCCGAGCCUUAUUAUUUGAUUCUUGGUACGAUAAAUAUGUAGGUGUUGUAUGUAUGCUGGGUAUCAAAGAUGGUGUUUUAAGGAAGGGUGACAAAGUUGUAUCAGCUCAUUCCGGCACAAAAUAUGAAAUUACAGAAGUGGGUAUCAUGCAUCCUGAACAGAUUCCCACUGGUUAUUUACAUGCAGGACAAGUUGGCUACAUUAUUUGUGGUAUGAAAAAUGCUACGGAAGCACACAUUGGUGACACGUUCUAUCAUGUUGGCUCCACCGUUGAAAUAUUACCAGGCUUUCAACCUGCACAAUCUAUGGUUUUUGCAGGCAUUUUCCCAGUAGAUACCAAUGAUUUUCCCCGGUUGGAUGAUAACAUUAAAAAACUGACUCUGAAUGAUGCUAGCGUCACUGUUAACAAGGAAAAUAGUUUUGCACUUGGUCAAGGUUGGAGGUUGGGUUUCUUGGGUACUUUACAUAUGGAUGUUUUUAGACAACGGCUUGAGAAUGAAUACGAUGCGAAUAUUAUUGUAACUCAACCAACUGUGCCCUACAAAGUCAUUUACAAAGAUAAAACAACGAAAAUUGUGCGAAACCCAUCCGAUUUUCCUGAGCAUGAAGAAAGAACCUUCAAAGUGACAAAGGUUCAAGAGCCAAUGGUUCUAGCCACUUUGAUUUUUCCUGAGGAAUAUAUGGGCAAGCUAAUUGAAUUAUGCGGUUCGCGUCGAGGUGAACAGCUAGAUUAUGUAUACCUUGAUGAAAAGCGUGUCAUGAUGAAGUAUAGACUUCCAUUAGCUGAAAUCGUUACUGAUUUUUAUGACGAGCUGAAAAGUCGAUCUUCCGGUUAUGCAUCGUUUGAUUAUGAAGAAAAUGGGUAUGAAGAUAGUGAUUUAGUAAAGAUGAGCGUGCUGCUUAACUCGAAACCUGUAGAUGCAUUAUCUAUCAUUCUGCAUCGAAGCCAAGUCGAAUAUGUUGGUAGAGACUGGGUUAAACGAUUAAAAGGCGUGAUUCAACGACAACUCUUUGAUAUAUCUAUUCAAACAGCUAUUGGUCAAAAAAUUAUUGCUAGAGAAACUGUCAAGGCUUUACGCAAAAAUGUUACAGCGAAAUGCUAUGGCGGUGAUGUUUCUCGUAAGAUGAAGUUGUUGCAAAAACAAAAAGAAGGAAAAAAAAGGAUGAAGAUGAUUGGUAAUGUUGAAUUACCACAGAAAGCAUUCUAUGACUUUAUGGAUAAAAGCAACAAGAAGUCCUAG